AUGGCGGACGACGGCAUGCUCCUCAACUUUGAGCUGCCUUCCGAUGCCUUUGCGUCAACUAAGUCGUUCAAAGGAGGCAACUGGAAGGACAGACUCACAGCGAAGAAGUCCUACCAAUACGGAAAGAAGAAAGCACAGGAACGGGCUGCUACAGGACGUGGCUCGAUACCCAACUUCCAGGAGGUCAGAAAUCAAGACGAGGAGCUCAUCCAUCCCGAUUCGCGCCCAGCAAAGCGACCCAGAACGGGAAAUCCAGGUGAGGUGAAGACCGCACAUCGUUCAUCUUCGGGCAACGCUCGUCCGGCAGGUGGAGCGCCUCAACAUGGAACCUCGAACGCUUCAAAGAAUGGAGUGAUUUCUUCACUGUUUACGUACAGCCCAUCGACGUCUAAGGUAGAGGCAAACGCGCCCGCACCGCCCGCAGACGACAAGGAGGAUGUCCAACCAUCCAACGCGCCACUGAGCGAUGAGCUUGCCAACUUCACCUCCCUUGGUCUGUCAGCUCCUCUCGCCAGCCAUCUACUACGAAAACUCGAUAUCAAAGCACCGACAGCUAUUCAGCGAAAAGCAAUUGAGCAACUGUGUUCUACUCAUGCAGACGCCUUCAUUCAGGCCGAGACCGGUUCCGGCAAGACUCUUGCAUAUCUACUACCUAUAGUGCAGCGGCUCAUGCAGUUGUCGAAACAGAUGAAGGCUGCUGGUAACGAUUUGAACCGAGAAAGCGGACUUUUUGCGAUCGUUCUGUCUCCUACCCGCGAGCUCUCGAAGCAGAUCAGCGCAGUGCUGGAGAGUUUGCUAGCGUGCUGUCAUUGGAUCGUCUCCGGAACUGUCAUUGGUGGCGAAAAGAAGAAGUCUGAGAAGGCACGGCUCCGGAAAGGACUAAACAUUCUUGUCGCAACUCCUGGACGGCUGGCAGAUCAUAUCGACAACACCGAAGUGCUUGAUGUGAGCACUGUGCGAUGGUUAGUGCUUGACGAAGGCGAUCGACUCAUGGAGCUUGGAUUUGAGAAAGACAUCCAGAAAAUCAUUGGCGUAUUAAACUUGCGGCGGAGGAAAACACUGGAUGCCUCGCUGUCAGACCUGCCUGAACGGAGGUGUACCGUACUUUGCUCUGCGACGUUGAAGGAAGGCGUCGAGCAGCUGAAGCAUACGACACUGAAGGAUGCUUCAUCAAUCGCUGUCGAAACUGAUGGAACGAACGGUUCGCAAACGGAGCAGAAGGAGACUACUUUCAGCGCACCAGCACAGCUACGGCAGAGCUACGUUCUCGUACCUCCGAAGCAGAGGCUGGUGACACUUGUCGCUACGCUGAGACAGUCGUUCAAGCGAAAGGGAAGCGUGGCGAAAUGCGUAGUCUUCAUGAGCUGCGCUGACAGUGUCGAUUUCCACUUCGAUCUACUGACCCAGGAAAGCUUUGGUGCAUCUAAGUCAGUCAACGAAGAGAUUCACGAAGAGGCGUCCCGCACAAAGCCUGCAAAACUUACUCAUUCCAACAAAAUCGCUCAAGGCAACUCCAUAUCGGAAGCUCGAACACAAGGGCCCGCCACCGCUUUCUCAAGCACACAAAAUCCUGUUCAACUUUUCAGACUGCACGGCUCCCUUCAACAGUCAACGCGCACUUCAACUCUGCUGGCCUUCACUAAGUGCACCGAUGCAAGUGUGCUCGUCUGCACUGACGUGGCAUCACGCGGAUUGGAUUUGCCGAAUAUCGACCUCGUCAUCGAGUACGAUCCACCAUUUAGCAAAGACGACCAUCUGCACCGAGUCGGUCGUACAGCUCGUGCCGGCAGAGAAGGCCGGGCAAUGAUCUUCCUGGCUCCUGGUUGCGAAGAAGGCUACGUCGACGUGUUGAAGAACAGUGGGCCACGACAGAUCACCCGGCAUGACGCAGAUGAGAUGCUGAAGAAGGGAUUUUCGCCGUCUGCUGGCGUCGUACGAGAAGGCGAUUGGCAGCAAGCCGCAACUGAUUGGCAGCUGGACGUUGAACGGUGGGCACUGGAGCAUCCGAAGCACCUGGAGCAGGCCAGGAGAGCUUUCCAGAGUCAUGUGCGCGCCUACGCUACGCAUGUGGCUGCUGAGCGGAGUAUCUUUGACAUGGGCCAGCUACAUCUCGGCCAUCUCGCCAAAGCCUUUGCUUUGCGUGAUAAGCCCGGCAGCAUCCGAGUACCAGGCCAGAGACCUGGUAAAGACGAGGGUCGAAAGACCAAUGAUGCUCGGAAGGCUUCUGCCGCCAGAUCAUCGGGAGCAACGAAGCGUGGACGGCAGGACGACGAUGCCGAGGAUCCUUCGGCCAACGAUGAGCGGGAGGCACGGAAGAGGAUGCACAUGAAGAUGAAGGCCAUGGGUGGUGCGUCCGAGUUCAAUCUUGGCUGA